AUGGCGGACAAAGUUGAUGGUUGUGAACAAGAAACGUCCAUCAUUUCUAUCGAUGAUUCUAACGAAAAUCAAAGCGAUGGAGGCAUGAGUUCUACUCUUGAAAAGCGUUACAGCUUGAAAGAAGCCAACGAGAUUGGAAAAGAGAUGUUGGAAUCAAUACAAAGCGCGCUGGCCCCAAAGGUUUGCCGAGGCCGUGGUAAGACUGAAGACAUCGAAGAUCCUCAUGUUAAAGCGUGGAAAUACAUGGAAGAAUGCAAUGUUUUGCUUAUGUUAGAGAUUCUCUUAACAAAACUGGUCUAUGAAAAGCCUGAAGUCCCUAUGCAGUUUAUGGCAGAYGAAAUACAGAAGAUGAAAGGAAAAGAUAUAAGAAGUUACCAAGCCUACAAGGAAGAGAGUACUCAGAAAUAAGCUAUUAGGCUUUAGGUUUUAUAGAGAAAGUUAUAUUUAUAAAAAUUACACACUUUGCUGUAAUAUAUUUUAUUCUGAUUAUAUUUUAUAUUUAAAAAAAUAUUGUAUAUUGGACAGACUGAUUAUUAGAUUUUUAUUAGAGAUAGAAAGCUGUCUCCUUUUUUUGAUAUUCAUAGUUUUAUGGUUAAGGUUUUUGGGAAUUAUUAAAUCUAUGGGUUAUUAGAUGCAAACAAAAAAAAAAUUUAAAAUUUAUUUUGC